AAUGGCUGAAUUAACAAAAGAAGAGAAAAGAGAAAAGAGCAAAUAAAUGAAAGAAAAAAUGAAAUAUGUAGAAUAAUAAGCAAGAUUCAGAAAGGCCUAAACAGAAUUAAGAGAAAAUGGAUUGGAAAAUACAACAACAAUUACAAAGCGUGAAAUUAUGAAAGCAUUAGAAACAGAAAUGGAUGAUCAAUAAUUAAAGAAAUAUUUUGAACUUUAAAAGAAAUUAGUAAGAAUGAAUUAUUUUGGAUCAUUUUUUGGAUUGACUACUGCAGCCAUUUUACCUAGAACAUUUAGAUUUUAUUAAAAACUUAGGUUAGUAUCAAGGUAAUUUUAAAUUAUUUUAAUAAGAGUCGUUGUUUGUGUUAGUACAUUUUUGAUUACUUAAAAAGGAGUGGCUUUCAAAUAUUUAUGUGAUGUUGAUGAUUUUGAGGUUGAUUUUAUUGAGAAGCAUAAAAGUCAAUUUUUAUCGACAUCAUAUGAAAGUUGA